CAGAGAAAAGUGCAAAACAAGAAGGGCGCUGAAAACCAUUUCAUUUGCUUGGCCGCGACAAUCACUGAUAAGGAUGACAUUGAUGCGGCUUAAUGAGCUAGAAAUAUUAACUUUUUUCCUGCGACAAAUUAAAUUCUAAAACAUUUUUUGUAUAUAUUGGAAAAAUAAAUAAAGGCGUUUGACGUAUUUGUAGAUGAAAUAAAAUGGAUGUUUUACGUCCACCAGUUGUUUGGAUUGGUGAUCGAUGUUACCGUAAAACUGCUGUCGAGGGGACGGAAGGCGGGGAUCCAGAAUUUGAUGAAGAAAAUGAAUACAAUGAUAUGGAUGAAGGAGGAUGGAAUGAUGAAGUCUGUGAUCCAUUUACAAAGUUAGAAGAAACUGAUUCAGGGUAUCGGGUUUUAUUAAGUAUACCCAGUCCAUAUUUUAAAUUUAUUAUUGGUAAAAAGGGGGAGAUGAAGAAUCGUUUAGAGAAGGAGACGAAAACACAGAUAAAAAUACCCAAACAAGGGCAGGAGGGAGAUAUAGUGAUACAGGGUCAUGAUAAGAAAGGUAUAUUUUCUGCUAAAACUAGAAUAGAAGUUAUGGUUGACUCGGCACGACAUAAACAACCCUUUACACACUUCCUGUCUAUACCUAUUGUAUCGGAGGCUGUCAUUGGUGGAUUUGAAGAUUUUAAAACUGAUGUGUUACGAGAAUGUGAUGGGGCCAGAGGAUUGGAUGCUACCAUAUUUCAAAAUCCCAAGAAACUCCAUUUAACAAUUGGAACAUUAGUUUUACUGAGUGACCGUGAAAUUCAUCGAGCGACAUCGUUAUUGCAACAAUGUUUAGAAGAUCUUGUUGAACCAAUAUUAAAGGACAAGAAAUUACGACUGGAUGUUCAAGGGUUGGAAUAUAUGAACGAUGACCCGAAUGCUGUUGAUGUUCUUUACGCUAAAUUACUGGGUGAUCAAGACUUAGAUAGACUACAGAGUUUAGUUGAUAGAAUGGUGGACAAGUUUACGUCUGCUAAUCUGAUGCAGAGGGAAUACGAACGAGUGAAACUUCAUAUUACUGUGAUGAACACCCUGAUGAGGAAAGAUCCGACUGGUGUUUCCGUGACACGCAGUCGACAAGAUGGUAAACCAGCUAAAGACCGGGAAUCGUUCGAUGCUGCAAGUAUUAUGAGGAAAUUUGGUGAUUAUAAAUUUGGAACCCAUCACAUUGAUUCUGUUCAUAUUUCAAGCCGUUCUGCUGUCGGUGCUAGCGGCUAUUAUCAAUCGGUGGCCUUUAUACAGUUACCAUGACAACAAACACCAGGGAACGAAUACAACUAUAGCAACAAGGGAAGAUCUUUGUGACGAAGGUUUGACAAGAAUCGGGAUAUAAUUAUAACAUCAAGGGAUUCCAACAGUGAAAGUGAAGAAUAUGAGGUAUCAAUAUGGAUGUGCGAUAGAAUAUUAUUUAUAUUUAUAUAUUCUGGAUGUGCGAUAGAAUAUUAUUUAUAUUUUUAUAUUCUGGAUGUGCGAUAGAAUAUUAUUUAUAUUUAUAUAUUCUGGAUGUGUGAUAGAAUAUUAUUUAUAUUUAUAUAAAGGUUGUUUUGGAUUUAAUAAUAAGCCGAUCUUAGGUUAAUACAAAUUAAUUAGUUAUUCUGCGUGUUCUGGUCCCAGAUCACUACUCGUCUAGUGUUCUUAUUGGGAGCGACAAGAAAUACCCUUGCUUAGUCCGGUCAAGAACAUUUAACAUGGAACUUUGCAUGCUUGUUCCUUGGGACAAUUGCACAUUCAUUCCCCUGAUUGACGACUAUAAUUUUUUAAGAUUCCAAGAUGGCUGCGAUUGCAACAUGUUCGGUUUCUGGUCCACAUUGUACACUUAUUCUUGUUUGAUUCAAAAUUUCAACGUUUCCAAAACUAGAGUUGCCUUAUAUUACAUAUUAUUAUUUUUGUAAUGUAUAAAUUAAGUGAAAAUUGAGCUCUGAACAAAAGAAAUCAAAUUAUUUCUAUCUUUUGGUAAUAUUUGAAAAGUCCAGGGGAAGAACGAACAAGUCACAUUUUUGUCUUUUUGCAUAAAAGGCAAAACAGACCUUUGGACCAGAAUGCUUGACGCGAACAGAACAAGUGGGUUUAAUUACAACUUCAUAAUGAUGUUUAAUACGAACCAUAAUUACCAGUACAACAAAUGACUUCUACUUUUCAACCAAAUUGAGGUCAAAUAAAGGGUACGAUGGAAGUAUUUGUCCAGGAGGUCAUUUCAGAAAGGCCUCCGUUCGAUGUGAUUGUUUUUACCUGAAAUUAAUUGUUCAACAGAAAGCUAAUACAAUUUGCUACCAGAUGGCGCCAUUAACUGGGGUUCUUUGAAAAAGUGACUUAGAUCGUUCUUCCCCAGGUUCUUCAUUUAUUUCAUGGGUCUAGGACUGCUGCUGAUGGGUCAUGUUUCAGCCAUUUUUAUUAGUUUAGUUUUGUUUUUGUUUGUCCAAUUAGCAGCUGUCUUGACUUAUUUAUGCAUCAGACAAGGAAAUGAAAAGUUUUUAUUUUGAAUAAUAUUAAAUUGAUGUUUUAAGA